AUGAAAGUUUCAUUUGAUCACGAUGUCUAUAAAUGGCUAUUGUCCCUUACUAUCGUUAAACCUCAAUAAGUGAAGAACACUGGUAAAGUUGAAUUAGAUGAGAACCAAAGCAAAUUAUUUAUUAAUGGUAUUAAAUUCGGAGAAGCCCUUAAUAAAAUGCUUGAAGCGAGAUCCAUUGUAAAAAUCACAUCGUAAUUUUAAGCAUGUCCCAAAUUUAAGUGAACAAAUGAAAAAUUAAUUAACUCCAGGAGUUAAAUUAUUCAAUUGGAAUAUUUUAUAAGAUGCAUUUCAAAAAAUUAACUUGCCUUUAGAUAACGAUAUUAAAAAUUUGAUUGUCAAUGGCGAUACAGAAAUGAUGAAUGAAUUGCUAAAAGAUAUGAUGGAAUUGGAUAAUCAAAUCAAUAGAAAAUAAUAAACAAGAGGAUCAGUCAGAUCCUCAGAGGAUUCCUCCUUCGAAUCUUAAAAGAAGCCUCCCAGCAGACCACCAUCAAAAUUACCAUAAACGAAAUAUGAUAUUCAGGGAAAUAAUAAUAACGAAUUAAUUUUAGAUGAAUUAGAUAUUAAAAAACCAUUAAAUGAGUCUAAGUCUUUGCUUGAAUUUUUUAUUACAGGACUAUCGAAACAUUUGACUUUAAAACCUUAAUAAGCUGCAUCUUUAUUAUCAAAUGGUAAUAAAUAUUUAGCCCAUUUACUUGUUAAAGGAGUCAAGGGAGAAUUUGAAACUUUGAUAAAUUGGUUAAGUGAUAUUUAUGCCAAUAUCUCUAGAGUAUUCAAUUUUCUAGAAUAACAAGACUCAAAUGUGCACUACUUUUUUUCCACUAUAAAACCAGGUCUUUUAUCUAAAGAAUAGGAAAUUACUCUUUGGACAUUAAGGAUCAUGGGAAGAACUUAUUUCGAACUUUCUGAAAUGGAAAUGCACUAAUUAGGAUACGAAUGGUUUUGCAAAGAAAAUGGAGGUUUGGCAGCAACAUUUCUAUGCAUGCAAAGACAUCCAAAUUUACUGAGUUAAAUCUGUGAAUUGUACAGUUAAGUAGCAAGAUUUAAUAUUGUCGAUUUUUUUACUGUCUAAUUCAAGAAAUAAUUAGCAGAUAAAUGUAUUGACAUGUUAAAUUCUUUGAUUGAAUUUCUCUACUAAUAGAAAACUUUGAAGGAUGAAUUAGUUCAAUAAGGAAUUGUGUAAUAUUGGGCCUCAGCAGCAUUAAAAAUGUCUGAUUCGGAUUAAUUGCUGAUUAAGAUACAGGGGCUUAAGUACUUAACUUUAAAUUGGUUAUUAUAUCCCAUUUAAUUUGAAGAAGACUAAAAUUACCCUAAUCAAUUCUUAUUCUUAAUGAAAAAGGGCACUAGAGAUUCGUCCAAUAAUUUGAAAUAUUUCUCGCUUAAUAUGCUAUUCCGAUUACUAGAUAAAUUAGCUACGGAUAGAAAUCCAUAUGCAGCAGUGCUUUAUAAGAAACUCACCUUCACUCUAAUUGAAAAUUACAAUGAACUAGAUGUCAGAGAAUUCAUGUUGAACAAUUUUAUGUAUUUAAUUGAAAAAUACUCAUCUAUUCCCAUCGAUAUUCUAAUAGAACCAUUGAUUAAGCAGGUGAUGUUGAAUGAUGCCUUAGUUAACUUAACAGAUAUGAUGUUAUUUAAAUUUAUUAGUAAACAUCCAAAGAUGAAAAUAAGGUUGGCAAUAUUACUAUUGGAUUUGCUUGCUAAAAUAUAUUUAAAUAGUGUGACGAUGUCGCAUUUAUCAUUAAAUCCAAUUCAAGUGCUUUUGGCUCGAUUUGCAGAAUCACCUUUGCUGAGAGAGUAUGCUUUUAAACUUUGUAAAAUUGGACUAGCACUGCAUUAUGGCAGUUUAAAGAGUAAGAGAUAGUAGGUUAAAACAAAUGAUUUGUCCAUUCUCUCUGCAUUACAGUAACACAAUAAUGAUCACGAAAUACUGGAAGCUUAAAAAAGAGCCUAAAUAAUUGAACUAAUUAAGUUCAUAAUCAAUAUGCAGCAAGAUGAAUUAAAUGAAUAAAUUAAACCCUUGCUAUGCCACUUCUAUAUCGAAUUGUAUUAUGUUAUUGUUUAUAAUUAGAUAAGCUAUUAGUAUUAAGGAUAAGGGAGUGAUAACACUAUUAAAUAUGUUUGGCAAUCCCGAUAAAAUAGUUUAGGCUAUUAAAUCAUAAUGGGAGGCUGAAAAAUAGGAAUAGGAUGAAUUACUAAAAUAAUCUCAACUAAUUAUUGAUAAUGAGUUUGUCUAAAAUUAGCAAUUGAAUUCUGCUGAGCAAACUCCUUAAACUGUGAAGAGUGAGAAAAGGUAUUAAAAUGAUGGCGAUCCUUUUAAUGCUUUAAGACAAAAGGAAUUGGAGGAUGAGAAGAAGUUUUUGGCUCAAAAUGGUGUGGGAUUCAAAAAGAGAGUUGUUGAAUUAGAGAGAGGUAAGUAACCAAUUGCUCCAACUCCAAAUACCUAGUAGUAAUAAGCGAAGAAAAAGCCUUAAUAAGUAGACCCCAAGGUCUUAGAAAAUAUAGCUAACAUUAAAUUGAAGAAGGAGGAGGAAUUGCUGAAGAAAUAAUAGGAAGAAGAGGAAAAGAGAAAAAGAAUAGAGAUAUUACAAAAGAAAGCAUAAUAGGAGAUUUAGAAAAGAACUACUGGGAAAGUAAUUGAGAAGGCAGAUGAAAAGAAGGUUGAAUUGAUUGAUCUUGAUGAUCAUGAGACACACGACUUUGAAUCUAUGAGUGUGGCUAUUAAGAAGAAUCAUAAGGCUAUGAAAUAUUUAUUCUCCAAAUAUUCUAAUACGACUAAUUAGGCAAGUAAGAAGUAGUACUUUGGAGAACUCUAAGAAUAGUAUGAAAUUAUUUAGUUAUCUGAUAUAAUGAGAAUGUUGAAAGAUUAUUAAGUGAAUAUGUCUAAGGAAGAGGUUCAAGCAUAUGUCAAAGCUAUAAAUCAUAAAUAUUCUGAAAAUAAGGGUGAUCAAUUUAGUUUAGAUUAGUAGAAUUUUGAGAGGUUUCUAGCUUAACUUUCAAUGAAAAUUGAAGGAUACACCUUUUAAAGAAAGCCAGCAGGGUAAUGUUUGGAAUAGUUUAUGUAAAGUUUUGGUUCUAUUGCAAAAUCAAAAAGUAUAACAUAUCAUAAAUAUAUUAGAUGAAAAUCAUCUCAUAUUUUUGGAUCCUGAUAAUAUCAAUAUUGAUCCAGAUAGAGAUCUUAUUAGAUAGUUAAAUUUACAGCUGUAAACUUAAGAUGUACCUGUUCCUAGUAAGUUCAAGAAAGUUACAGAAAAAUAACUGAAUUAAAGAUAUGAAUACAGAUAAUAAGCAAUAUUGGGAAUUGAAAAUGCCUGGCUUGAUUGUCAUGAAAUAGUCAAUUAAUUGAUUUCAGAAACAUUUAAAACUAAUGUUAUGGAACCCUUGUCCGAUAUAAAGAUUAUUUGGAAGGUCAAACCAAGUCCACAACAAUAACAGGAGCAAGUUGUUUAAGUGAAAUAGAGAGAUAAUUCAUAAUAGAAGAAAGUCAUCAAUAGAGCUAUUGAAGAUAAAUUAUUGAAGCAAUAGGAAGAAGAAUAAAAGAAAUUGGAUGCUGAGGAGAAAAGAAAAAAACAUUAGGAAAAGUUAAAAUAGGAAUAUUUGAGAAAAAAGAGAGAGAAGGAAGAACAGGAAUAACUUAAGAAGUAGGAGGAGAGAUAAGAGAUGAUUGAAAAAGCAGAAAGAGAGAAAAAGUAAUAGGAACAAUUAAAGAAAGAAGCAGAAGAAAAGAAGUUAAAGUUAAGAGAAUAUAAAGAAAAAAUGGCAGAAGAAAGCAAAAUAAAAGAGGCUUAGAAUGUUGAAUUACAAAAAUAAAAAUAAGAAUUAGAAAGAAAAUAAAGAGAGGAAUUUUAGAAGAAAUAAAAAGAAGAAGUAAGUAAGUUAUUGGAAUAAAAGAAGAAAGAGUUUAAAGAUAAAGAAUAAUAAGAGAAAUAGAAGGAAUAGAAAGCAAAAGAAGAAAUGAAGGAAUGGAAAAACAAUGUUGAGAUUAUGCUUUAAUAAGAAUAAGAGGUAAGAUAAAGGGAGAAGUAAAUGCAUCAAAAAAUUUAAUAGUUGUAACAAAAUUAGGAUAUUCAAUCCAUAUAUAAGAAAUAUGAUAAAUAAUUAUAAGCUAUAUAUCAUGCUUAUCAAGAGUAUACUGAUUGGAAGAUUGAAAAUGCAGGAGUCGAAAAAGAAUUAUUACAAUUCAAAGGGUUUACUAAUUUUGCUUCUUAAUUCAGCAUUUAUCCAGCUAUUAUUACUCCUGAAGAUGCAUAACUAAUCUUCAGAUCAAUCACAAGAGAAAGAGAAAGAUAAUAAUAAUAAUUAAAUGAAAAAAAUGGCUUUAAUGCUAUACCACCAAAGGGAAUGAACUAUCAUGAAUUUUAAUAGGCACUAUUGAGGAUUGCCAUUAAAGGAUAGAAAUAUUUUGAUCUUCUCAAUGAAAAAUAUGAAAACAACAUGAAAACCAUAGAUAUGAUUGCAUUAAAAAAGGAUCAGGCAAUUUCAGAAGAAGGACCAUUGGAAAAAAGAGAAGAUCAAUAUUAACAAGUGGAUGCAACAAGUUCAAAAACAAUGCAAGGCUUAAUGUAUUUUUUGGAUAUGCCUGAGGAGAAAACUGAAAUGAAUUCUAAGUUAAGGGCAUUAAAGUUAGAAUUUCAGAAAGUGGCAGCAUAAAGAGAUAAAAAAUAAAGUAAUUUAUAUUUAUUAUCAAUCAUAGUGGUUUAGUAAAAGUUAACAGAUGAAGUCAAGUAGCCAACAAAACGAAAGUAAUCUUUAGGGUAAAAGGAAGGAAAGGACAAAAGUUAAGAAAAAUGUAAUGAUAUAUUUAUAUCAAAGAAUAACCUUAGAGAAAUAAAUCUUAAAAUAUUAGAGUUGAUUCUGCAUAGAAUAAAAUGAAAUCGUCUUAAAAAGAGUAGAUACAAGCAGUCGAUGAAAACGAAUUAAACAAGCAAUCUCCUAAGAGUAUUUUAAAAUUAUAUAAAUCUUUUAGAGAUAGAAACUGUAGGACCCGAUGGAAAAAAGGAAAGUUGGAAAGUUAAUUAAUAAAAACAAUGA